AUGAUCACUGGCAGCCUCAGCCUCUUGCUGCAGGGACAAGAUAAAGUCGUGGAAGGUCUGACUGACGACAAUCCUUUCUAUCUACAUGGUGUCGCCUGCAAGGACUUCGAGCGAUUGCUAUGCCUCUUCUAUCCUGAGAACGUGAGCGACGGCGAUUUGUCUACCACCGAAGAAUGGACAUCGGUCCUCGCGCUCGCCACGAAGUGGGAGUUUGCAGACUACCGCCAGCUUGCCAUCUCGCGGCUCGCUCAGCUCGCCUCUCCGAUCGACCGCAUCCUGCUCGGGCGCAGUUACGACAUACCGGAGUGGAUCGCUGCGGCGUAUCUGGAGCUCUGCAAGCGCGACGAUGCGCUCACAUACGAGGAGGGGGCGCGCCUAGGAAUGCACGACGCGAUCCUGUUGUCGGACAUCCGGCAGUGCAUCCGCGGCAAUAGGGUGACGACGCAGGAAAAGAACAUCUUGCUCCUGAUUGAGAAGAAGUUGGUGUAG